AUGGAGGUGCUGCAGGGCCUGGCCGCGCUGGAGGAGGCCGGAAAGGAUGGCGUGGGCGAGGACCUGGCCUGGGCGCAGCGCAGGCCCCAGAUGCUGCUCCCCCUUGCGGCGGGCCGGCCCCAGCUUCCCACCAGCAUCCGCGUGGACUCCCGGGUUGCGCACGGCACGCUGCGGGGCUGGACCACCAGCCAGGGCUACACGCUGCUCACCGCCCCGCUGGAGCUGGCGCUGGAGUGCCUGCCGCCGCUGGCCCGGCGCCUGCUGGCGCGGCUGAACCCGCUGCUGGGCGCGACGCUCACGCUGGGGCCCGAGGACCGGCCCCUGGCCGUGCGCCUGAGCGUGGUGCCGCAGGACGCGCUGCUCCCCGCCGCGGCCUGCCUGGUGCGGGUCGACCCGCUGGAGGUCACGCUGUCCUCCAGUGGCGCGCUGCUGGAGCCGCUGGCGCGCCUGCGCUCGCUGGGUGGCGCCGUGCCGCGCCUGCCCGAGCGCGUGAGCGCGGGCGUGUCCGGGCUGGAGGCGGUGGUGGACGACGGCGGCGGGCUGACCGCCGCGGCGCUGGACCUCACGCUCAUGCUCCCCGCUCGCACCCGGGUGGGGCUGACCACCUGGGGCAGCGCCGCGCUGCACCACCCCGAGCGCCUGGACUGGGUGGUGGCGGUGCCGGGGGCCACGCUGCAGGCGCUGGGCGUCCGGGGCGUGGAGGAGGACCGCGGGGUGGCCAUGCUCGUCACCGGGUCGCCCCUGGCCCCGACACCGCAGCUGGCGAGGAUCGCGGGUCAGGAAGAGCUCAAGCUGGCCCUGCUCCUCAACGUGGUGGAUCCCUCCAUUGGAGGGGCUCUCAUCAUGGGCGACAGAGGCACAGGAAAAUCUGUUGCGGUCAGGGCUUUGGUGGAUGUCCUGCCUGAGAUCCAGGUGGUCAAGGAUGACCCCUUUAACUCUAGCCCCACUGACCCCGGCCUGAUGGGGCCCGAGCCCCUGGCCGCACUCAGGGCGGGCAUCCCACUGGAGACCGUGCGCAAGCCUACCCCGCUCGUGGAGCUGCCCCUGGGAGCCACGGAGGACCGCAUCUGCGGCACCAUCGACGUCGAGAAGGCGCUGUCCGAGGGGAUCAAGGCCUACGAGCCUGGGCUGCUGGCGCGCUCCGGGAACCCAGCGGAGGGCGAGCUGCGGCCCCAGCUCCUGGACCGGUUUGGGCUGUCCGUCUCGGUCGGCACCCUGCAGGAGACCUCGCAGCGGACACGCAUGGUCCUGGACCGACUCGCCUUUGAGGGGAAUCCAGCGGCCUUCUUGAAGACGGUGGCGGCGGAGCAGGAGGCCUUGGUGGAGCAGCUCGAGCGCGCCCGGCAGCUGCUGCCCGAGGUGACGGUGUCCAGGGACAUCAAGCUCAAGAUCAGUGAGCUGUGCUCGCUGCUGGACACCGAUGGCAUCCGGGGCGACAUCGUGCUCAACCGGGCGGUGAGAGCCGCGGUGGCCCUGCAGGGCCGCAAGGAGGUGGUCCUCGAGGAUGUCGUGCCCCUGGCCUCCAUGGCCCUGAGCCACCGGCUGCGCAAGGAUCCCCUGGACCCCCUGGACAACAACGUCAAGGUCGCCCUGGCCCUGCGCCGCAUGCUGAACCCAAAGGCGGUGGAGAAGGAGGAAGAGGCCAAGAAGAAGCAGGCGGCGGAGGCUGCAUCCAAGCCCAAGAAAGCCGGCGCAUGGGGUGGCCUGCCGCGCUGA